AUGCUUAUAUCAAUUACUACGAAUUUAUCGUAUGUUGCAGAAACUACACACACAAAAAUGGCGUGCAGGAGCAUGCUUCGUUCAUCGAUUCUCGUGGAACCGUUUCAAUUCCAAAAUCUUCAUUUGAAUUAUAACAGAGGCGUUAGGGCUGGUCCGUUUCGCCGUGGCAAAGCAGUAACCCUCCGUUGCUCUCACAACGAGACGCCGUCGUUUCAGGACGAUCAAGGUCCGCCUCAAGAGGCGGUGUUGAAGGCCAUUUCCGAGGUGUCUAAGGCGGAAGGGAGGGUUGGGCAAACUACCAAUAUGGUUAUUGGAGGCACUGUGUCGGAUGACUCUACCAAUGAAUGGCUCACUUUGGACCAGAAGGUGAAUUCAUACCCAACUGUUCGAGGUUUCACUGCAAUUGGAACGGGAGGUGAGGAUUUUGUGCAAGCCAUGGUUGUUGCCGUGGAAUCCGUAAUCCAACAGCCUAUUCCUCAGGGACGUGUGAAGCAGAAGUUAUCAGCUAGAGGCAAAUAUGUAUCCGUAAACAUUGGGCCUGUCCAAGUUGUUUCUAGUGAACAGGUCCAAGCUGUAUAUAAUGCCAUGAGGAGGGAUGACAGGAUGAAAUAUUUUUUGUAG